GAAAAAUUGAUAACAGCAAAAAAACAUGACCUCUAUUCGCCACCAGAAGUUUUGCUCAUAGUAGUGAGAAAGUUGCGCGUGCUUGUGCGUGAUUAGUUUACUUCUAUUUCAUCUGGUUCAUCUGAACAAAUAAGACUCGAACUGAAUGAAUUAGAGUUCGGGUUCGCACACGAGUAGCAGUAAGUUGCUACCAUGUAGUCCUUGAUAAUCGUCUAGUCAAGAAUUCACUCGUGGCAGCUACUUAUUGUCUUGAGAUGGACUUGAUGAAGAAAGACGGGGCGGGGGCUUCGCCAGCCCUGUCACCAACUGCGAAGUCCGCGCUUCCGCCGCUCCCAGGUGAGUCAGCGACUUACAGUAGCAUGUCGGAUCUCGCAAUGCAUAUGAGUUCGACGCCUGAGAUUGGAGGUGCAGGUGCUGCAGAGGGAGCGUCCACUUCUGUAUCUCCUGGUGGCAGUGAUCGGGCAAGCAGUAGUACAGAUAUAGGUAGAAAGGAUAAGGACAUGAUCAAGAAUAAAGAUGCUGGUCCUCGUUCUUCAAACCUCACCGGACAGCGGAGCUACGUGCAGGCAGUUGGUUGCAGUCCGGUCGAAGAGGAGGUGGACACCAGUAGCGGUGGAAAGCCAUGGGAGUCACUGGAAUUACGCGAUGAGGAAGACGAACCACUACUACAAGAGGGCGCAAUACCGAUACCGUCUGCACCGCUGAAAGCGAGCUUUGCUUCUGGAUCUGCGUCCAUGAGUAUGAAUGGAGGGGCAGCCACGUCUUCGCCUAGUAGGCCGCCGCUUCGCCCGCCACUUGCUUCUUCGACCUCAAGCUCUACUUCACUGGGAAGUCCGAAGAGGCCUCUUUCUGGUGCCCCUGCGAGAGCUGCGCGGCUUGUGGGGCAUGCAAGUCCGACCUUCGGUCUCGAGAGUAUCGCGUCCUCGAGUGGGAUAGCUUGCAGCUACGACAGAGCAAGUCUCUUGCAUCAGGCCGUGAGCUAUCAAGAAACGGCGGAUCAGGGGCCUCGCGACUCGCCGCUAGGCGUUCCGGCACGGUCAUCUGUGGUGACGACUAACAACUUAUCGUCUCGCAAAACUUCAACUCCGAAAGUUCUUCCUGAAGCAAGAAGCGCUGGCGUUGCUGUUCCUGCAGCUUUGACUAUCAAGCCAGGAGCAUCGAAGGACCCUUCGAAUGAUCGUUCGUCUAGUGCAGCACGUGAGCGAAGUCAGUCGUCGCCAGGCAAAAAGGUGUCAAAGGGUAGUGGAUCGCCACCGCGAAUAGCUGGCCCGUCUCUGACCCCACCAGCGAACUCUUCGGGAUUGCGGGGUCGCGCGCAAGCUCUCACACCGCCUUCUUUUGUCUCAGAGGCUGCCAGCAACAUGCAUAAGGACCACCUCCUAACACAGCUGCAAUCCCAGCAUGGGCAGGAUUUUUUGAUGCCCAGGUCACCUCCGAUAGUGUUUAUGAAUGACGAAGGACCAGAUGACGAGCAGGACUCCAAAUCGUCAGCCAUACUGGACGCGGCGGAUCUAAGCAGUCUGUUGGACGACCACCACGACGAUAUGGAGCAGAGAGAAAUGCCCUUGCGCUACCGUCGCAACAGUAGUCAGUCGAGCUCGCCUAAACGAGGGCCGAGAAAUCGCACGACGAGCGGUGGUGGCGGGAGUGGCAGUGAGCGCGAACGUGGUGCUGGAGCGAGGCAGUACAGCCAGUUCAGUAGUACAACUCCACCUAUGGGAGGUAGCAAUUUUGACCGAGACGAUUUUGCGACAUAUACUUCUGAAGCCAGUAAUCGGCCCUCUAGUCGUGGCCAUGCAGCUACGAAGACGCUGCCAUCUGAUAAAAUGCGGACAUUUUUGCAAGACCGGAAUAUCGAAGUUGUACAGCGGCCGAGGCCCUCAGCGGGUAGCAUUCGCAGACAUCCAGACGUUCCUCCCAACAUUGCGGGACCUCAAGGUAUGAGAUCAGGUUGUAGUCACACCACGUCAGGAACUGCAAAAGUAGCUCUUGAUGCGUGAGGACAAUGCCUAGUUUAUCAUCGCAUAUUGAUUUCACGUUCCUCUAUGUUUGUCCAGCACCCUCGCCCUUCCUUUCAUUUGCCGAAUACCUGCGCCGCCACUUGGAGCGACGAUGAGCGCGAGUGCGUCGCUCAAAGUUGACGCAUUGCAGGCAGAACAUGCUAAGAAAGUUGACGAGUUGAAUGAGCAGUUAACGAAAGCGGAACGCGCUUUGCACCGACGUGACGCCCGGUUCAGUGAGAGUCGGGACACGGCCGUAGCUUUGCGACGACAAAACGCGAGACUAGAAAAGGAACUCUCGACGCAAAAAGCAAUGGUCGAAAAGCUUCGCGGCGGACACAAAGACGUCGGAGGCGAUUUAGAUGCAGCCAAACAACAGAUUCGGAAGUUGGAAAACCAAAUCUUCCAGAUGGCGCAAACAUCAAGGUACUUGAGGUUGAUGUUGUUCUUUUCUAAGUUAGCAAGAUCAUCUUGUUCUUCGAUUCAUCUUUCCUUGUUUGAAGACAAUUUUACGUCAGGUUGAAGCAUUUUCCAUUUCCUUUUCGGCUUCGAAGAAACACCCGUUGAUUGUAUCGAAACACUCCUUGACUGCAUCAAUCUCUUCUUUCCUUUCAGCCAUCUGCUGAAGAUUGAGAAGCUGCAAAAGGAGUUGGAGUUGGCUCAGAAGCACGAGAAGGAGGCAGAGCAUGAAAGCGAACGAUUGGGAGAAGAAAAUCAGAAAGCCUCAAAGGAAUUGUCGAUCCUUUCUAGAGCGCUCGCAGUACAUGCCGAUGAGGUUGGAGUGGAAGCACGCUUGCUGUAUGAUUACGGUCGCGCCCGCGAAGAAGUCGAAUCGCUCAAAGUCGAGCUCGCGAAGGUCAAAAGCGACUUGGGCGCGGUUCGGGAUGAACGAGAUCAUAUGGCUGCACAGAUGGAGAAAAGUAUCUUAUCUCUACCAUGACGAUGGAUCAUAUACAAUUACGUAAUCAGGGAAACUAUCGCUGUGGUCGACGCCCUUGCUAGUUAGUUACUAGCUGCUGUGAACACAAAUUACUGCUCUACUUUCAGUAAUUGGAUCUAGACUUUCGUAUUCCUCCAUUCUCAGCCCGUCGUAGUCUCUCUAGGGAGCUGGAAGAGCGUCAGAAGCACCAGGAGCGUGCCGGAAAGCACGAAGCGAAUAGCGAGUCACUUUCAGAGCUGAUGCAGAAUGUACAAGCACAGAAGCUAGAACUCGAGAAAAAGUUUAACGCCGCAUCCCAGGAACUGACGGAAACAAAACGGGAGUUGAUGGAAGCGAAAGGUAGUCCACUACAACAUUUUUUGGGCGCCUCGCUCUUGGUUCGAAGGAGAAGAAUGAGAGUCUCAAUGAUUCGUUUGUGUUUUAGUGAUUGAAAUAUGGCCUCGGUACUAGGGUUCUAUGGUGAAGACUUCACCUCCCAAUGGAAUUCGUGAUCAGGCACGCAUGGUCGCCUCUCUGCGCUCGCGGUCGAUCACGAGUUGAAAGCAAAGAGCGCGCAGCUCGAAGCUGAGAGCCGUGUACAGGCGCACUUGGAUCGCGUUCAAGAGGUGACGAGUCACGCCGAUGCGAUUCAAGCGCAACUCAACGCCGAACGAACAACCAUUUCAGAGGAGCGCCAGCGCCGAACAGCAGCUGAAGCUAAAAACAUUGAGUUGGAGGACGAAAUGAAGUUUCUCAAACGGAAGUACGAGGCGAUCGACAAAAUUCAAAUUGAGCUGGACGAAGAACACAGAUUAUGAAGGGAUGUAAGGAACACGAAGUAGAAGAUUUAGAUCAGUAAUGAUGAAGACUUUGGGUGAAGAUGUAGAGACUCACAGUUUAGUUUAACAGUGCAGCAAAAGAAAUGCUUCUCGUUGAUGAAAGAAACUACUUAGAUUAAGUUUCAGUUAGAAAGCUGUUUGAAUAAGCACUAUGUAUAAUAAUUGUCCCUAGAGGACCUAGUGGCCCUACGUAGUCAGCACGUUAAUUAGUUGCGUCUUUAGAUACUCCAGAUUGAGCAAGUAUGAAUAUCGUUCAAGAUGAACUGAAUGUGUGCUACAUGAUAUGAUAGCCUGUAGUCUGCCUUCAAAACUUUGUUCCGUGUUCGCCCUUGUUGUAGCACCACCAGCACGCUUCAAACCGUGUGAAAGAAGAGCGACUAGCCCAGUUAGAGGAGGACGUGGCGGCUCUCACAGGCGAGCGGGACAACCUAGAGCGCCAUUGUGCUGGACUUCGAGACGAGCUUGAACACCAGAAGAGGUCGCGAGUCGAAAUGCAGGCUCAAUUCGAGACGCAGGAACGGAAUGUCCGCACGCUGGUAGACGAAAAGUCGCAGCAAUCCCGUGAAAUCGCGGAGCUCGUGCGCAGGCUGCGCGAAAGCACACAGGAGCGCUUCCGGUGUGACGAGGUAUUUUAUUUCUUGUUGAGGAAGUGGUUCUUGGCUAACUAGUUAAACUAGUUAGCGAGAACGAGAAGUCCGCCGUCCUCGCGACCUCCAGAAACAAUUCUGAUUCAGGUACUGGAUAAGCAGACCCGACAAAUUGAGAAGCUGAAGCGCAAUCGGUCUUACCUAGAGGAUCGCAUAGCAGCGCAAUUUUUUCGCAAAGAUACGGACUACCGUGGAGACAUUGCGCAUGAAGUUUCGUAUCGCGAAGCUUCCUCUUCGCGGUCUCCCGCUCGUGAGAAGCAAAAAAGAAGUGCGAGCUUUGGCGCCACAAGCUUUGUCGGCAUAACAUCGCCUGACCAAGUGGUGAACCCCGUGGCAGUCACCACUGCAAGCGGCGCUACAUUAAGGUUAUUUUCCAGAUUUUAGAAGAAAAAGAAAGAUCACGGCACUCCACGAGUCCGGCUUCUCUUCCUUGAGUCCACAAAGACGAGCAACAAGUCAGAGAUGGUACUGCUGUAACCCACAACAAGUGAAUUCGAUCCACGAAUUUCGUUAGAUAAGAUAGCCUUGUAAGGGAAUAUAUGAAAUAUGUUCUAACUCCAUUCUCUUCUGUCGCACCGAAAUUGUUUUACAAGCCGUCAGGAGGGCGACUGGCAUCUCCAGCGAGAUCAUCGCCGCCUGCGCGGCGGAGUCAGUCGCUGGGCCGCAGCGGCUCGACCGUUCCCUCAUCAGGGCAGAAGUCACCUGGGUCUCCGUCAACGCGAGGCAUCAUGGGUGGCAAGGGCGCUGGAGUGCGUCACGUCGCCUCGCCUGCGUCGGUACGUGGUUCGUCGCGCUCACCCAGUGUGUCUAUCAAGUCUCCGAUGUGGGUCCCGUUGCCACCGGACGCAACCCGAGGAGAACGGCCCACAUUUGUUAAGAUUGGUUUGCUGCCUGGUGUAGGUGUGCUUCCUACUUAUUCGUGUCAGUGUGCUGUAUUAAAGCGUACUACUAGAGACACUACUAUCCUAGGCCUGAGAAAAAAAUGCACGAGCACGGGGAACGUCGAGCAGCAACAUGACCUAGACACCAGUCUUACUUGAUAAAGUAGAACCACAACUUCUAAUGUUAGCAUGGACACCUCCGCAGGAUCAACAUCUGCGUCACGCGGUCGGUCCGCGAGCGCGGAGUUUACGGGUCGCUCGCUGACUCCAGGGCGCACGAAUCGCGUGGAGGUAGAGGGGAAAAGACCGACAAAAAGCUCGCUCAAACGUGAGGCGAUGAAGGCGAUGAUGCGGCAAAUGGAGCUGAAAAAGAUGGGAUCCCUCACCACGGAGGACAUCAAGAAGGAAAAUCAACGACUGCGAGCGAUGCUCUCAGGAGGAAGCAAGAACUCUGUUAUUGAGUGACGGUGACGACCAACACGUUUAUCAAUUCGACGUAAGUACAUUAAUGAUUUCGUUUUCUUGAAUACUUAGGACCUGAAAGGGGCUUGGGCGAUGUUUUGCGCGCUGGCGCUCGCUUUUAUUUACAACUCUAUGACAAUCGUAGGCAAAGGACUCGAUUAUUUACGGGAACAAAGGGGGCAGCUCUUGUCUUGUUCUUGUUUUUCUCUACAAGUCGUAUGGCAAAAUGGGUAACUUCAACUUUCACUUUGUUGGUACGUGACUUUGGCUGCUGUUGUGCUUACACGAUUCUUCAAUUUCUUCGCAAAAGAAAGACAAAGAACAAUAGAACAGCGGCAGCUGAUCCACAAGCAUAGUCUUUCUGAUCAUUUCACAAACAGAAUAUAGAUGAAGGUGUGUCGGAAUUCUUGCUCGGAAG